GUCAUGUGGUUCUCUUUGAAAAAUUUUCAAAACAAGUGCGAAUCAUUCGAAACGGGCAAAAAAAAUAAGUGUUAACCAUGGCUGGUGUGUUAUUUGAAGAUAUUUUUAACGUUAAAGACAUUGAUCCUGAAGGAAAGAAGUUCGAUCGAGUCACUCGUCUACAUUGCGAAAGCGAGUCCUUCAAAAUGGAUUUGAUUCUGGACAUCAAUUCAUGGCUGUAUCCCAUGGAGUUGGGUGAUAAGUUCCGCCUGGUCCUCGCAACAACACUAAGAGAGGAUGGUUACCCCGACAGUGGAGAUUGGAAUCCGGCAGGGUUGGAGAGUGAGGGCUCCAGAGCGGACAGUUUUGAGUACGUCAUGUCUGGGAAGGUGUACAGAAUAGAAGGGGAUGAAUCGACCGUUGAACCAUCAAGUCGAUUGGCUGCGUAUGUUUCUUUCGGCGGACUAUUGAUGCGAUUGCAAGGUGAUGCCAACAAUCUACACGGAUUCGAAGUUGACCAACAUAUGUAUCUUCUAAUGAAGAAAUUAGCUUUUUAAAGGAGCAGUGGGGACUUUGUACUACAUUAACUUGAAAAAAAUCCAUCUCAUGCAGUUGUAAUUGCACCAAAAUACAAGAUGAAUGUGUAACUUUUUGCGUCUUUGUUAAGUAUCUGUUCAUAAAUUGUCUAUAAAUAA